AUGCCAGAUUUCUCUGCGCCAGCCUUUUCUUCCGCAGGCCAACGCAAGUUUCGUCUCCAAUUACUCCUCGACAGCAAGGAAAGGCAACUACAGCAGGCCGGAACUCUCGGUCAGCGGGUUCUUGCACAGCAGAUAGAGCUCGAAGAGAAGAUAAGGCAACUCCAGGAAUUUGAUGCCGAACGUGCAGAAGACGAGGAACUUGAUACUGACGCGCGCGAACGCUAUCGCGAACUUGCAGAGACCAUUUCUGCCUGGGACGCGGAAAACGCGCAGCUAUCCAGUGCUUUUGGUCAAAAACGUCCUCCUACGCAGCAAUCAUCUCCAGUAAUCUCAGUCAAUGAUCUUCCUCGGGAGGAGCCCGAGCGCUCCAAAGCUUCAUCUUCCUCUGCUGCCCAGUCCCGUCGUGCUAAAAAUGCUGCCCAUCGCGCAGAUGACGUCGAAUUUGCAUUCGAGAUCGGAAGCGGACUCCUUACCGAAGUACGACGGCUGCAGAGCCUCCUCGGUGAACGUGACAAGGCCAUCCAAGACAUGAAGGAGGAGAAAGACGAUCUCGAAAAGACCGUCGAGUCCCUACGUACCGCGCUUCGAUCACAAGAACAAAGCUCUGACAAGUUCAAAGAGGAAAACUGGAACCUCGAAGUCACUCUUCAAGAAUUUCGCACCCAGUUAUCAGACUCGCAGUCCACAGUGGUGCGCCUCGAGGGCGAGCACAAGCGCCUCACGAAACUGCUCAACAAUGCACGAGAAGUUGCAGACCAGCAAAAGAAUGAAGCGCAGCGCGUCCAAUCUGUACUCGAUGAUAUGAAAGCUAAGCAUGAGACAGACGUAGCACAGGCGCGCAAGCAUGCCGCGGGUCUACAGCGCGACAAGUCCGACUUGCAAUCCGCACUUGAUUCGAUGAAGACGGAGGUAGAGAAAGCGAGCCGCCGCCUCGGCCCACGAUACGGAAGCCCACUUACUCCAGGCACAAGCCAGGGCAGAGAGUACUCGACUCCUGCUGCGGAGGAUGACGAUGUUUUCACCAGCGCAGCCAGCACCAAUAACCGUCGAAAAAUGGACAAUUUAGCUGUGUUCCAGCCUGACGCGUUCGAGGAUCUUGUAGACAUCUCCCCUGAUCCGUCACCAUCACGUCCAUUCCAUGCGAGCAACCAUCCCAAUAACGAGAUCGAGGCCCUUCAGCAGCGGCUAGCACAUGCUCAGAGACAGAUCAGCACCCUGAAGGGCAGUUUACAUCGCGAGAAGGAGAUGCGGAUGGAGUAUAGGCGCAAACUGGAGUCUUCGCCAGGGUAUGUGCACGACGAGAACGAGCCUCCAGCAGAUGAGACGAACGAGGAUGAUGAAACUGAGAGCAAGCCUCCUCGCCGGCUGACACCAUACCGUUCCGGUGGUGGCAGAGCCAGAGGCAGGAGAGGUAGGGGAAGGUCCUCCCUUGUUAGCAGGCUCGGCAUGGCGGCGCAAAGCCCCAGUCCUACGUCCGAUCACAAUGCCUCACCUCCUCCACCCGUGCCACCUCUCCCUGACUUCGCUGAUGAUCUUCUGUCCGACGAGGAUAACUUAGAGGGCGAGCCAGAAGAGCAGAACCAUGACUCCUCACCUUUCGCGUCUUCGAAACGAACAAGUGUUGAGGGUAUGGACCCGAUGUUUGCCAACGUCCUACGCAAGUCUGCUUCCUACAGCUCGCUUCCAAGCCAGUCCAGCCCGCUUCGCCAUUCCGUGCUCACUCGCUCCUCGCCACGCGGCGUCGGACGUGGUGGAGCCCCACCAAGACGCUCUCGUGGCGGCGCUGCUUUCCAAGAGGCCAGACCGUUGUCCCUUGUUGGGGCACCUGAAGCUUUGGCUGCAGAGCUCGGCAUUGGCAUGACACCUGUUACUGAAGAUGGUAUCGAAGCCAAACUGACUGCUGAAAUGGCGUGCCAGACGGACUUCGAGGACGUGUCGGUGAUCGUGCCCUCACCCUCUUCCCCAGUGAAUGACAUGGGUGUGCAAGUCGAGCAAGCCUCUGAACCUACUCCAGCAUCCCCCACAUCUACCUCUGAAACAUCAUGCCAGACUGACGAGGAGCCUUCUGUCGCACACAUGGAAUCAGCUGUGCAGCAAGAGCCCAGUUCUCCCGUCGCAGCACGCACAAGCUUCUACCAGAUGCGGUCGCCCGACCGCGUCUUCAUCUCACGGACCCCAGGGCGGCGCACUACGCUCACGCAGUCUGAUUUCUCUCGUUCGUCAGAGGGCGACAGCACCCUUCGUGGCAUCCCCGGUGAAGCUAAUGGCCGGCGGCCCAUCCCAGGUGGUUUCACGUCCGAGGAAGAGAGCGACGUCGACGCCGAUAUUGACGACGGAGCGACGGAGACUGGUAUCGAGACGGACACUGAUGUGGACGACUAUCAUGACGCGCGGGGCAGCCUUGCUACGGAGUCACAGGAGGACUUCCAUUCUGUGUUGACGAUGACGGACAACGACUUUUCGGAGAGCGAUGAUGAGAGUAUCAAGGCGUUGGUGAUCUCGAGGCGGUCGUCGAUGGCGUCUGUGACGCAGCGUCGGGAGUUGCACUAUCGUGACACGGCUACGUACGAGGAGAGGGGUGUUGGUAUGGAGAGUGUCGAGGAGCCGAAUGUCGUCGAAGUCAUCAAGGAAGUGGAGGUCAUCAGGGAAGUGGAGGUCAUCAAAGAGCCUGAGCUCAGGGAGAUGUCCAUUCAAACAGAUACCAUCGUUGCUUCCCCCGUCAAUACGAGCUUCCAAGACAUCUCUGUGUCGUCCAUAACCCCAACUCCCACACCUGCACCCUCCCUCCCUGCAUCCCCAGCUCUCUUCCGAGUCGGCACAACAGUACAACAGUUCCAGUUUGUCCCUGCACCCGCCGCUCCAGUGCCCGCUUCUACUCCCUCUACAAUCCGCGACUCUAGUCUCAGUACCUCAAGUUUCGGUAUCAUUCGUUCCGUUACCUCCAACACAGAGCAUCGGCAAUCAGUUGAUUCUGCAAUUUCUUCCGGCGCUGACGAUGGACCUCGUCGUUCAAGGACCGCUUCUGCCGUGCCCUCCAUUAUAGACAAGACUCGUCCCCCUAUGAUGGUCGUGCCACCACCACCUCGCCAGCCGCCUCCAUCAGCCACCAUGCCACCACCCCCUUUCGUCCCGGAACGCAGAACAGCUACCACGUCUUCGGCAUCGGACGCGCCACCUCCUCGUCCGUCCUCCCCCCCACCUCCAGAACUUAUCCAACGUGCCACCACACCGACCUUUGGUUCAAUGCUCUCCGUGCAUGGCAGGGGAUCUUACGGUCCUAGGCAACAUGGCUCGAGCAUGCCCCCGCCCCAAUCGAACUUGCGACAGCCACCGUCCACGAGCAGCUUCCGGUCUGCUGCCAAUGCUGCAGCGUAUGCACAAAAUGCGGCUGCACCGUCUGGCUUACCAUCAUGGGGUGUGCGCGAGCAACAGAGGAAGGAGAUGUCGAGCACGUCUCUGACUUCUGAUAGAAGCGCGCUUUCGCCACGAUCUUCCAUGUCUUCGGACCACAAUGUCUUCUUAAAUCGUGCACCCGGCCCUAGCGUGCUCAAUACCCCUGGCAGGAAUCUCGAGCAGCCUAACAAUAACAGGAAUAGUAUGUCGACAGACCCUGCCGUCAUUCAUGCGAUUACCCAGACCAUGAUCGGCGAGUUCUUGUACAAAUAUACCCGGCGUACUAUUGGCAAGGGCUAUGGAGAGAAGAGGCACAAGAGGUUCUUCUGGGUGCAUCCGUAUACCAAGACUUUGUAUUGGAGCUCUGCUGACCCCGGAUCGUCAAACGUCUCAGAGUCUAGUGCCAAGAGUGCUUACAUUGAAGGCGUUCGCUCUGUUUUGGACCCCAAUCCCAUGCCUCCUGGCUUAUACCAGUACAGUGUUGUGAUAUCCACAGCCCAGAGAGAAAUGAAGAUUACCGCCCCUACCAAGGACCGCCAUGACAUUUGGCUCAAUGCUUUGAAAUACCUGCUUGCACGUCCCAGCCCUACGAUGGCGCCCUCAACCAGUCAGAAUGAAAAUGCGGCCACUAUGAGCCCUAUGUCUCAAAGCGUGGAGCUUACAGACGAUGAUCACCGUCAGCUGAUGGACACAAGCCCCCAAAGUCAACGAAGUGGUCGAAGCAGCCGGAACGGCGCCUUCAGCACCACGCCGCGGGGCACUCGAAGCAGAUCACAACUCUCUGUUCGAGGGUCCAUAGGCAAACGGUCUGGAACGCCAGCCGCAGAAUACCUCCGAUGGGCAGCGCCCGAGAGCCCGUACAGCCCCACGAGGUCCUUCGAACGAGUAAUGGGUCAUAGCCAAGACGAUGGCGAACUUGAGUUUGAACUCCAUGGCGAAUCUCAGUCGGACGACGGGUUCGAGGGCUUGGAAAAUGUGCGCGCCUGUUGUGAUGGACGUCAUACUGUCGGACAUUCUGGUCAUCGUCAUCACCACCAUCAUCACUCCCACAAUGGUGACCACCUUCUUGAAAUUAGUGCUCCCGUACGGCCGGAAUCUCCUGCGUGGUCACUCCGAUCACGAACGGGGAGUGCACACUCUCAUGAGAUAGGCGGUUUGUUCUCAUGGGGCCGAGGGGACGAUGGAAAGCUUCGCUUUGGCUCUCGACGAUCUACAAAGACUGUACCUAACGCUGCUGGUGAUCGGUAG